AUGUCCAUUCAAUACGUACUGAACGUCGCUCUCACAACACCUGCUAUCCUCUACAUCGAUAAAUGGGGUCGUCGUCCCAUGCUCCUAUGGGGGUCUUUAUUGAUGGGUUUCUGGAUGUUCCUUGUUGGUGGGAUUCAAGGACGGUUCGGACACUGGUCUACUCCCGACUCGACAGGAAAAACAGUCUGGAUAAUUCAGGGGAACGAGGCAGCGACAAAGGCUGUUAUCGUGCCAUGUCUAUUUAUAUUAGCCGACUCGGAUUACACUCUUCUAACCGAGAAGCUUAGCUAUGCGUUGGCUAUUGGACCCGUAUCGUGGACGUACCCAGCGGAACUGUACUCGUUGAAGGUGCGAGGUAAGGCAGUGUCAUUAGCCACGGCCUCUAACUGGGCAGUCAACACAGCUUUGGCCUUUGCUGUCCCGCCUGGCCUUAACACCAUCGCAUGGAAGGCCUACUUCAUCUUCGGCACAUUCAACUUUUCCGCCUUCAUCCACAUCUUCUUCAUGUUCCCCGAGACCGUCGGGCGGUCGUUGGAGGAAGUCGAAGAGAUCUUCCAGCAGGGCCACACGUUCACUGCGUGGAGAAUCUGGAAGGAUGUUGGGAAGAAGACAUUGGCGGAGGUUGUGGAGAAGUCAAAGGUCAUAUCGGGCACACAUCCUAUUCUUAUUAUGUAUGACGAACCGAAUUUCGAAGGAAGAGCUUAUAGGGCACGCUUCAUUGACCCCAUCGUCGACACCCUUCCGGAGGAGUACCAGGAAGGCGUUGUCAGCGUUGAGAUCAGCUCGGGCUGGCUCUGCGCGUUCUACAACAAACCGGACGGUGAAGGGCAAUUUGUCUAUCUUCAGGGAGACGUCCCAAUCGUGCCAGAGCCGUUUAGAGAGCACAUCGUUUCGUAUAGAUGUAUCCCCCAAUUCAAAUCGAAUUAA